ACUUUGAUUAAUCGAAAACCAACCUACAUAUCCCUGGACAGCACGGCAAUUGUCACGAAAAAAAACAAAGUCAUCAAGCAGUUGACGAAGAAGAAGCAUUCAUUAUAUUGCAAAAAAUUAUUGUUUUCUCAAUACAAUUCACAUUUUAAUCCGAGAAAUGGAACAAUCUAUUAAAGUCCAACCCACAGCCAACACAGUUUUGGAUGCUGCUCCCACAGUUGCUGGCCCCGGCAAAAGUAAUUGUCUGAUGCAAGUUGCCCACAUCCAUCGUCUGCGUGAUUCCGAGGCCAACUAUGACACACAUCAGUACAAUUUGCAAAUGCAGGUGUUGAGGAAUCGCGAAGGCUUGAAUGCUCCACUGAAAAUGGGAAUGGAAUUGCAUGCUGCCCGCCAAGUUGGUCGUUUGCCAUUCUUGCAAUCAAGCCGCAUGAUGGAAGAUGUCUUGUUGGGCCGCGAUGAGAUGAUUACAUUCCCCGACUUUUUGGGUGCUCCAGAGAACUUCGAAUUCCUUCGCCAACCUCAUGUUGUUAUGGAAAAAUCUUUAGGAAUUUACUAAGCUCCGUAUUCAAGUUUACAUCAAAUGUACGUACAAUGGAAACAGUGAAUUAUAAAAUUUAAAGAGGUUUUUGUAAUUAAAAUUUUAAGAUAAUAAAAUAACACAAAAAUUAAUAAAAUCGAAGUUUUUUUUCUGAAA